AUGCGUGUGGGAAAUGUGCUCUGCAGUUUGGGCUAUCCUAGCAACUCCUGGGGAUUGGCACAGCCCCCAGCUGGCAACCCAAAUAUUAAAAAACACAGCUGGUUAAAGUUUAACCCCCCUGGCGACGAUGAUGUGGCAGCAGGAGCUGUGUGUCAGGAGAGGAUCCGCGCCCGGGGAUUGGGGUGGGAGCUCCGGGGAGAAUGGGAUGAGCAGAGCCGGCCCAAAGGAGCAUUCCCCACCAUGAAUAGGUUCCUGAACUGCUCUGCCAACCACACCAAGAUCUGGAGUCACUACUUGGUGCUGGCCCUGGGCAUCCCCCAGCUGACCAUCAACAUCGUCUCCAUCAUCUUCAACUGCACCGCCAUCUUCACCCGCCUGGCCACCAGGGACCUGCACAAGCCCAUCUCCAUCCUCUUCUGCAACCUGGCUGUCUCUGACCUCUUCACCAGCUUCUCUGGCUUCUGGAUUUCCAUGCUGUUCAUCACCUACCCUGACAUCACCAUCUUCGGCUCCUGGGACAUGCUGGCUCCCUACUCCCUGUACACCACCUCCAUCCUGUCCACCAUAUACAACCUGGUGAGCAUCGGUAUCGAGCGCUACCUGGCUGUGGCCGAGAGCAUGAGGACGAGGUUCAGGGUGGCCAGGAACCACUCCGUUGCCGUGGUCUUCAUCAACUGGGUCCUGGCCUUCUUCCUGGGCUGCCUGCCCCUGAUGGGCUGGAACUGCCUGCACGCGCAGAGCAACAUCUCGGUGCUCUACAGCCCCUUCUGCGUCAACUACCUCGUCUUCAUCGCCAUGCCCAACGUGGCCAUGGCCUUCCUCGUGCCCCUCUUCACCUACCUGAGGAUCAUCAUCAUCCUGAGGAAGAGGAAGCUGAGGAUGCAGGCGUGCGGCCAAGCCAUGGGCACCUAUAGGUCGGCAGAGACGCAGGUGGCCAGGACCAGCAUCUCCAUCUGGCUGCUGGCCCUGGUGUCCUACGCGCCAUUCCUGGCCGGCGUCGUCUUCGACGCGGCCAACCGGCGCUGCCACGGCGAGCUGUACCCAGGGGUGUACAUCUUCAGGAACUGCACGGCCAUACUGAUCACCCUCACCUGCCUGGGCAACCCCUUGCUCUACACGCUGCGGCUCCGGGCGCUGGGGGCCCGGCUGAAGGCGCUGCGCGGCCUCUGGGCCUCGCGCGUGAGGGCCUGCACUGUCGACCAUGUCUGA